UGAGAACCUACAGCGCGCACUUUUCUUCCACGAAGGGCUAGUCUUGGAUUCUUGAACCGGGUCUAUAAAUUUGAUGAUGGCACGCGGUUUUUUCCUCACGUGUGUUGGACUUGUUGAAUCGUAGAAGUACUGUCCGAUACAUGAUACAACAUGGGUACAUUAAUCACCUUUGUGUGCGAUAUUGCGAUAUUAAUCACCACGUGCCGGUUGAUGUUGGCAAAGUAGAUACAUAAGAAGUAUAAGUUCAGAAAUUCUCUUCCGCUGUUGAGAUCAUGGCCGCCACUGGCGUGAGUACCGAGGCUGAGGCGUAUGCAUUGCAAAAGUUUCGUACUAGUACAUACAAAGCGCAUGACAAAUUUCCUCACCAUAAAGAAUCUAGUUUUUCUUGUUGCUGGUGUACAUUAGAAAGCAGAUUUGGCAUGCAUAGGCGCAAUCAGGACGAGUGCGAUACUUUUGCAGUGGAUAAGGCCAGCGCGCUGGCCAGUUUCAAGAAGGAUUUGGAGGACCAGGCGCGGAUUGAGGGGCGGUUGAUCAUCUACGAGGCAUGAGCGCCAAAAGCUGUCCGUUUCUUGGCACGCAAGUAGGAAGUUUCUCAUGCGGGACAGGCAUCAUGAGGCGUGCUCAAAACCUGUGAUGCUUUUGCCUGCAUCAGACGCCACUUGCGUGAUCCGAAAUAUGCAUGACAAAUCUCAGAAUUUUCCAGACCCAGACAUUUUUACAUUUGAUAGGUCACGAAGAAAAACAAGUACCUGGAAGACCGGUUGUUCGAACCGAAUGGGGGCCUGGUGCUGA